GUAGAACGCCUCUCAGCCAAUCAGAUUGCAGGUUCGGAAUGUUGAUGACGUCCCUGCGCUGAUGAUGUCAACAUGCUUAUCUGAGGCUCCUCAGCCAGAGCUGAUUAUUCUGCAAUAAUAGAGGAGCUGAUGGAUGAAACACCAGAAAUCACAGAGGGAACCAGCAGCAUGCAGCCACCCUAUCAGAAGAAGGAGCAGCGGAUUAAAUCAAGCUCAAACACUCAGACACACACAUCACAAUCAUAUCUACUUACAGUAGAACAUGAUGAAGAUGAUCGUGUCACUGUUUUAAGUUUGAGUUUAUUACAGAGAUCUCCUUCUCAGAUGACGAAGGUAAGUGAGGAGCUGAGACUGAUAGACCUGGAGGAGGAAGAGCAGGAGGAGAAAAUACAGAUGGAGGCCGAUGCUAAAGCUGAGAUGUUCAUCAAAAGGGCAAUUUCAGGAAUACUGGAGAAACCAAUUGGCACAAAAGUGGCUAACAGAGGCUCCAUGCAGUACUCCCGGGGUAAAGUUGGAAAGAGUCUCUAUCAGAGUAAGACAGAAUUCGAUCUGAGAGACCCUCACAUGCAACAGAUGCCCGUUACCUACAGCAGCCUGCACGACAAGCACUUGAAGAAGUUUUUCAACAAGCCUGGGAGAAGGAAGCAGCUCAUCGACCAGGGCUUGAUUACGGAGGAUGGACAUGUGCUGUGCUCCCAAAAGGAGUUUAACCAGUACAUUGACUACCAGAAGUACAUCAAACCUAAAAAGGGCGAGCUUCCUCUUCAAGAUACGAGACCUCCAUGUCAGAUUACAAAGAAGAUUGAGCUCACAGAUCUGGUGGAAGAAGAAGAGGAGGAAGUCGUGGAGGAAGUCCUUACCAGCAGUCCUUCAAAAGAUGACAUCCUAGCUGGCUUAAAGAAGAUCAAAAUCUUCUUUAAGAAAGCAUGGAUGACAGUAAAACGGGCCUUUACCAGUAGAAGACGCCCCAGCCCCAGCCCCAGCCCCAGCUAAAUUCCCACCUUGUCUAUGUUCUAUCACUUCUUUUCUAUAUUAAUGAAAUUAUUUGGUCAGUGUAAUCCAGUAGGCUAAUUUAUGAGCUGAGCUCCAUCGUUAUAGAUGUUGAGUUAAUUUAUGUCAGUAUAUUUGUGCAGCACACUGAGCAGCAGACAUCUCACUUCUCCCGUGACUUCGGUCGGUGAUUCUAGCGCAUAUUAAUAACGGCCCCCUGAUGCCUCUAAAUCAUCUAUAAUUUGAGUGAAAGAUGCAGCUAAUUGCUAAUAGCUGAUUGGCUGCUGCUUGUAUUUAGAAUUAUCACUGAGCUCUGUGAGCAAUAUUUAGGCUCCAGAGCUAAUAUUAAAUUAGGUUUAGAGGGGAUAUUUGGACAGGGAUAAAUUUAUUAUAUAUUGUAUAAGUAAUGUAGAUGAUUUGCAGGCAUCAAGGAGCCACUAUAUAAAAACACUGUAUAUGUGGUCUUAAAGUGACGUCAUAUCAUGAAUUAGUCAUAUGUGGUUUAGACCAGAGGAGGAUGGGUCCCCCUUGUGAAGCCUGGUUCCUCCUGAGGUUUCUUCCUACAGGGGAGUUUUUCCUCACCGCUGUCGCCUCGUGCUUGCUCACUUGGGGUUUUGUAAAAAUCACUAGACUAAUAAACUUGAUGUGACGUCACUUUAGAGAAACCACAUAACAGCGAAAUUAGCCAUGACCAAAUCAUUUCAUUAUAUACUGUUCCUUUACCACCACCCCUCCCCCAAAAUAAUCCAAUAAAAUCAUUUCAUUAUAUACUGUUUCUUUACCCCAAAUCCAAUCAUAUCAUAUAAUGUUUAAUUUCCAAAUAAAUUGCAAAUUAU